CGGGUGCCACUGUCACUGAGCGCAGCAGCACAGAGGACUAGCUCUGAAUCAUGGCCACCGACGCAAUAUCGGCGUGCACCGGAUCCAGCUUGUUACAGCCGAUAAGCGAAAUAAUCAACCUCCCGUUAGACCAGGUGAAUUUCGUGGUGUGUCAGCUGUGUGCGCUCCUCACAGCCUUCUGGUUCCGCCUCUACCUGCACCCUAGUAAGACGAGUCCCUUUGUGCGACAUGUGGUGGCCACGCUGCUGGGCUUAUACUUCGCCCUCUUCUGCUUUGGCUGGUAUGCUCUCCAUUUCCUGGUGCAGAGUGGCAUCACCUAUGGCAUCAUGAUCUUGGCUGGAGUUGAGCACAUGCACAAAUACUGUUUGGUUUUUGCCCUGGCUUACCUCAGCUUCUGCCAGAUCACGCGGGUGUAUGUCUUCGACUACGGCAUGUACUCAGCUGACUUCACAGGACCCAUGAUGGUCAUCACACAGAAGAUCACCAGUAUGGCCUUUGAGAUUCAUGACGGAAUGGCCCGGAAGGAAGAUCAGCUCACUCAGAGUCAAAAGCUGUUGGCUAUACGGCGGAUGCCCAGUCUCCUGGAGUACUUCAGCUAUAACUGUAACUUCAUGGGCAUGCUAGCCGGCCCCACCUGCUCCUACAAUGAUUACAUCGCCUUCAUUGAGGGCAAACCCUUUCGUCACAGAGAGCAGGAGACGAAUGGGAAGCUGCAGGGGAAAACUAGGCUAAACGACCCUUCACCUAAUACGGAAGUUCUUCGCAAGCUGGCCACCUGCUUCAUCUCUCUGUCGGUCUUUCUCUCCGUCUGCAAAGUUUUUCCUGUGGAGCGCAAUGUCGAUGAUGACUUCAUUGCCACCACACCCUUCUACGCCCAGGUGGUCUACCUGUAUCUGUCCAUGCUGACCACCCGUCCUAAAUACUACUUUGUUUGGACUCUGGCUGAUGCUAUUAACAACGCAGCUGGCUUUGGCUUUAAUGGCUAUGACAGUGAUGGAUUGCCACGAUGGGACCUCAUCUCCAACCUGAGGAUAAUGAACAUUGAGUUAGCCACCAGUUUUAAGGUGUUUCUUGAUAACUGGAAUAUACAGACUGCACUCUGGCUCAAAAGGGUGUGUUAUGAGCGCUGUCCUUAUAACCCCACGGCCGCAACCUUCCUGCUCUCUGCAAUGUGGCAUGGAGCUUAUCCAGGCUACUACCUCACCUUCCUCACGGGCAUUGUGGUCACACUGGCUGCCAGAGCGGUGAGGCACAAUGUAAGGCCACACUUCUUGGGUUCACCAACGCACAAAUUUGUGUAUGACAUCAUCACGUGGGCCAGCACACAGAUAGCUAUCUGUUACACUGUGGUGCCCUUUGUGUUACUUUCUGUGGGUCCGUCCCUCAAAUUCUACAGGUCAUGGUACUUUUCUGGACACAUAGGCUGUGUACUGCUGGCCAUAGCUUUGCCUGUGAAGCCUCGGCACCUGCGGCUGAAGGAGCAGCACAGCCUUUCCUCCAGCUCCGACUCCACAGACAGCCAGAAACAGAAAGCCACAUGAGCCCAGCCCCUGCACCCCCACUGCGGCACGGAACACACUCAGAUCGGCCAGCGCUCCUACUCUGCAGCCACCCACGCGGAGAGUCAGAUGAUUAAAACUCAAAAACAAACAUCCAAACAUCCAGCCUCUGCCUGGACUCGUCCAGUGGGGCGUCAUACUAAUCUUGGCUCUAAAAGGCGGCACCAGGACUUGGCAUUGACUUGAGGGGAAGGGUUUGAUGGGUUUGAAUCAGACUGGUGGCAGCGUUACAAUGAGCAGCAAGUGAAGCUCUGAUGUACAGAAUUAUGCAAACCUGCCUUUACGCUCCCCAUUGCCACCACAGGCAUUGUUACUUUAACAUGCAGGUUUUGUUUUGGGUAUGUAUAUAGCAUUACCUCGCAGGAGACCAUUAGAAAGAAGCUGAUGAUGGUGUUUCUAAACACUUUCAAUGUUUGUGAUGAUAACAAAACACCUAUUCAAAGUAGAUGAUUUGAAAGUGGGGGAAAAAAACCAUCCAGUGACAGACAAUAGCUUGCCGCCAUGCCAAUAUGUCAAUGUGCAUUUAGUCAUUAUUUCCCCAUUCAUCUUUUACUCUCUUGAGUUAGGCUUAAAGCGAGCCUUCUCUUCUUCUCAAAGAUGCUGUAAGUUCAUUUGGAGAUUUAAAUCCAUGGCAGUGCCAUCGUAACAAGGCUCUUCAGUCCAUGUCAUCUUUAGUAUAGUGUGUGUGAACAUCUCUUGUGCAUGAGGUUUGCAUAUCUUCAGAUUUGCCCCAUGGUAUAAACACUGCAGACCCAUCUCUGCUGAUUCAACAUGAAGCUUUAAAAAGCAUUUUCAGCACAUUCCGUUCUAAACUUCAGUUUCUUUUUAGUUCUAGAAAGACACUUUCUAAUGAUAAUAUUUCAGAAUUAGCCUGAACUGAGAAAAAGGCUGUGGAUUUGAAAUAUUUGCCCAAACACUUAAUGCCCAACUUCAGAUUUCAUGUUUUUUGUAAAUUAUGUGAUUAAAAGAAAACCUUUUGCAACUACA